AUGAUCACCACUGAAACGAAAGGAGACCUUUUCGACGCGCCCGACGGUGCCGUCCUUAUACAUGCCUGCAACUGCCUUGGGUCUUGGGGUGGUGGCAUUGCGCGUGCUUUUCGAGCCAAUUACCCCGCCGCGUACAAGGUGUAUAACAAUCACUGCAAAACCCUUAGCGAGAACACCGCGAAGCACACCAUUAUCGACUCAAAAACUAACCAGCCACGAGCUCUAACUUUACCUUUGGGUACAACUCUAAUAAUCCCUCCCCAAGAAGAGGAUGUUGCCAAAUCCGGCAAAAGCCACUGGAUUGUCUGUUUGUUUACGUCUCGUGCGUUUGGCCGCUCCGUUAGUCCACCCAAUGUGAUUCUUGAGAACUCGGUGCAUGCUAUACGUGAUAUGAGGCGGCAGAUUGAAGAAUUGCACCAGGCGGGAGAAGGCAUUGCAAGCGGUGGGAAAGUCUACUCGUGCCGAUUCAACUCGGGCCUGUUUCACGUGAAAUGGGAAGACUCAAAGGCGGUCCUGGAAAGGGAAAUGGGCGGGAUGGCGGCAGUUCAGGAGAUUGUUGUUGUCAGGCCAGAAGGUGAAGAAUAA